GCCGCCGCCGCUUUUGCAGCUCCCUUUACAACUUGCGCCGCGUUUCAGAUGUAAUCCGAGAAGCCCCCCCAACGGGGCAAGGUCAGCUGCCGACGCCCGGGGAAGAGAAGGGCUUGAUCGCGGGGGCAGAGGGCUUUCCGCCCCCUCCUCCCCUGCUCGGGCUUGCUUCUUGCCUUCUCUUGGAAGCCUAGCGUUGCUUCGAGGUUCUUUUUUGAAGAAGAAUAGUCCUAGUAAUAGUGUUAAUUUGCUUUGGGGUUUUGCACGCCGAGAGCGCAAAGAGGAGUUCUGUGGGAGAGCAGCGCAAAAAAAGGGGGGGGGAUUCAAAUUGACGGCAGAACGACUAGUCCCCAAGAACUUCGGAGCAUGCAUCAGCCCCUUUUCUAAUAGGCACUUUUUCUUUUCCUUUUUUUCCUUUCCGGCGCAGCUGAGUGCCUUUUUUCCUAUUUUUCUUGAGUAUUUUUUUUUGCACGGCGUAGACAUCAGUCUUCCGAGGCGUGCCGAUCGCAGUUCUUUCGCUUCUGGGAAACCACCAUGGACAGAAAACAAGGAAAUUGGAGGAGACACGCAGAAUGUAUCGGCGGAUGCAGCAUUCAGUUUUUUAAAUUCUCAGCUUCGUCUUACACCAGCAAGCAGAUCCUAAAGGGUCCUUGGAAAAGCGCAAAGCAGGGCAGAAGAAGAAAAGGCUGCCCAUCUUAAGAAUGCCAUCAGCCAACAAGCAGCCGUCCGUUCCCCCCACACCCCCAAGAAACUUGGAUUCCAGGACUUUUAUUACCGUCGGUGAAAAAAAUUUCGAAGUAGAGGCUGACGACUUGGUGAGCAUUUCAGAGCUGGGAAGGGGUGCAUACGGCGUGGUAGAGAAAGUGCAUCAUGCACAGAGCGGAACCACGAUGGCCGUCAAGAGAAUCCGAGCCACUGUGAACACGCAGGAGCAGAAGCGGCUCCUGAUGGACCUGGAUAUCUCCAUGAGGACAGUCGACUGCUUCUAUACCGUCACGUUCUAUGGAGCCCUUUUCAGGGAGGGUGAUGUGUGGAUCUGCAUGGAGCUGAUGGAUACGUCUUUGGACAAAUUUUAUAAGAAGGUCUUGGAAAAGAAGAAGACUAUUCCUGAAGAUAUACUUGGGAAGAUCACUGUGUCUAUCGUGCAUGCGCUGGAGCAUUUGCACAGUAAGCUGUCCGUGAUUCACAGAGACGUGAAGCCCUCCAACGUCCUCAUCAACAAACAGGGGCAUGUUAAAAUGUGUGACUUCGGGAUCAGUGGUUACUUGGUGGAUUCAGUGGCCAAGACCAUGGACGCCGGCUGCAAACCUUACAUGGCGCCAGAGAGGAUAAACCCAGAGCUGAACCAGAACGGGUACAAUGUAAAAUCCGAUGUUUGGAGCCUCGGGAUCACUCUGAUUGAGAUGGCCAUCCUGCGUUUCCCCUACGAGUCCUGGGGAACCCCCUUCCAGCAGCUAAAGCAGGUCGUCGAGGAGCCCUCACCCCAGUUGCCAGCCGACCGCUUCUCAAAGGACUUUGUGGACUUCACGGCACAGUGUUUGCGGAAGAAUCCUGCUGAACGAAUGAGCUACUUGGAACUCAUGGCCCACCCCUUCUUCACCCUCCACGACACCAAAGUGACUGAUAUGGUCUCCUUCGUAACAGAAAUCCUCGGAGACGACUCUUAAAUUUCGCAGACCUCGCUGUCGAACAAAGCGUCACCAGCGCGGAGCGCUUCUCCCGAGGAGAGAAGGAAAUAAGGAACACGUUUAGCAUUAACGGUGGUUUGCACAAAAUGGAAUGAAUGUCUUCGUCGCAUCCUCCCCAAACCAAUUUUUUCGGCAUCACGUCGGACUUGUGCGAUUUAUUAAUAUUAUUAUUAAUAUUUUAGGGACUCUGUGAACAACACCUUUCUGCAUGGAGGAGCGUUGCUCCAGAGUGGAGACAAAAAUGCUCAAAUCGGCAGCAAAGACUCCCUUCUUGACGGGAGCUUCAGGAGUACACUGUGUCUCUUCUGAAGCGGGUUGCCCAAAACGGCGGGCCCUUCUGAACGCAGCCGUGUGCUUCCUCGGGGGUACGCCGCACCCACUCAGAAAUUGCAGAUCCAGCCGCACCGCAGUGUCCAGAUGCCACUGGCCCGGGUUAACUGAAGCGCCCGUCCAAAUUUGGUGGUGCAGUCCUACCAGCAAAGGGUUGUGGUUUUUUCUUUAACCAAAGCCAAAACGUGCUUCUCUGUGUAAACGCUUCUUGCACGGGGAAAACCAGCCCUAGAUGGGUCAGGCUCGAUUAGAACCAUUCUUUUUAAUGGUGUGUAAAACUUUUCUAUGGUCCUUUUUUUAAUGUGGGGGACGUUGCAUUGCAUUAGGCAGUUCCCCUUUUCUGCACCCUUCGAUCCAGGCAGGAUUCGGCCCAUGAUUUUCUAGAAUACGUCACCUGUUCUUAGGGGAUGGAUACAGGUAGGUCACCUCCUCAGCUAGAUGCUGGAGACAGAUCUUGGGGUCCUGGCUGGGUGGGUUGAGAAUUGUAGUCUAAGAAUUGUAGUCUGGAGGGCUCCAGCUUGGAAAGGCUGCCCCAUCAGAUAAUCACUGACGGAUGUCGGUGCCCUGUUCGUUGGCUUUGCACGUACAUUUCCAGGAGAAUCUGCGUCUGCGAGGGAUGCGUGACCCACUCACGUAAGAGCCGAGUUGCUUGGUGGUUCAGACCCGUGUUCACCUUGGCUGCGUGUCCUCAGCACGGUUCCCGCCAGAUGCUCUCUGACCAUGCUGGUUGAGGCUGUGUGGGAAUCGCCGUCUGGGAGCGGCUGAGGUGGCCGCCUCCAUCCUCUUCUCCAGCAUCCACAGGUUGCCAGGUGCCUCCAGAACAGGGAUGGGGAACCUUUGGCCUGCAGGCCUAAUGUAGGCCAGUGGAGGUCGUCCAGCCGGCCCACGGAGCCUCUUGGAUUCUUCUGAGGGGAAGGGGCUGUCACAGGGAUGUUUGCUCAGUUGUGCCAUUUAUCUGAUAAGAAGCUGCUCCCCCCCCCCCCCAGCUCAGUGUCACCUGGUCUGGGAUCUCUCCCUCCCACAGUCCUAGGUAGAAACGCUGGCAAUCAAGUCCUUUUGGGAUGCAAAGCUGCUCUUCUGCCUUUCUGAAUGACUGUCUCUGCCGAAGACGCAUCUCAAAUGCAUUUGGUACUAUUUCCUAAAUUUGGAAUCUCUUGGAUGAAUCUUUUUUCCUGCCCACCCAGUCCAACAUCCAAGGGCCGUAGAAAUCUGCUGCUGGGAACUCCCCACACAAAGCAAGCAAAUGAUCUAUAUUUUUAUUUCCUUUCUAAUAGAAAUGUAAAUAUAAAUUAUAUUUUGACAAUUCAGUUAUGCCUAGCUGGGAGUAGGCUUGGCAAAUCAGCCUGCAAUGUAUGCAGAACAUUUCGGACAUUUGUAAAACAAAACAAUUUAUUUUUUAAGAAGGCCUGUGGAGUAGCUGCAUGUCAGGCGUGUAUAUUUUUCUGUGUAUAAAACACCCCAUUGUUUCAUCUUUUUUUUUUUUAAUCUUUUCUAAAGACGUCCCCUUGGAUGCUUACCUGUUGCCUUAGUCUUCAAAGGUGGGCAGUGAAAAGUUCUAAGCCUGAAGUUUUGUUGUUCGCUGGUGAGAGUGGAAUUUGCAACCGUCGGGCCAGCGUGUCUAGUCUGCCCUUCUGGGAUUCACGCUUCCCUUAAACAUCGGUGGUUGGGUAAUUUCCUGUCUCUCCUGGGUUCUCCCAUCCCAGAAUGAAAGAUCUGCAGUGCUUCUACCAAGGUUUAGUAGGUGCCCAUAAGAGCUUUGAGCUAGAAGACGGUCAUACGACGGCGGUGUCCUCCUUCCUUUCUUUUUUGCCACCCAUGGAGACAACCCUCAGAGCUCCGCUGAAAUGGAACCCACCCCCUGCCCUUGGGUUGGUCACCUCCACUCUGGUGGGGGCUGCACCACAGCUCCCAUCAGCCCCAUCCAGUGUGGCGGGAAUUUCAGCCUCAGCAUCUUCUCAAGGGCCACCGUCUUCUGUGUCCUUGGAAAAAAUGGCCCCUCCAAGCGGACAAGUGGCCCCCCUGGCCUGGGCAGAAGCUGUGCAUUUGCCAUCUCGUCUCUGUGCCAGUCAACCCCCUAAGUUAGGCAUACGUUGUAUGAAGAACUGCUCUCUGCUGCCUGUCCUGAGAACCCCACUUUCUCAGAUUUUAACGCUCUUGUUUUAAUUGUUAACUAUGAAUUGCUCUUAAAUCCUGUCCUCCGUUUUCUGUGUGUCGUGUUCAAGCAAACCACUGCACUUUCUCAUGAAGCAUAAAUUGCAGCUGAGGCUGCACACCUGUAUAAUGUUCAGUACUGUCUAUUUUGAAUGGUGUGGUUGUGGCUUGAAAGUUUUUUCUCCCCCCGUCCUUCCCCAGUUUUCUUUCAUGCUUUGGUGGAUUGUUAAUUUUUUAACUGCAUGGUCUUGGAUUUUAGCCUUUCUUCACCCCCCCCACCCACCUUCAAUAAAAAUUUGAUUUGGAAA